AGUUCCGUUAAUAAUGUUGUCGAAGCGUUGCAAUGCCUCGAUAAGCGCUCUCGUUUUGACGCUAUAUUAUGUGGGCGUGGUGGCAGCCGUCGUCGUCGUCGGUGGCAAUGAUUUUGUGACCAUGGGCAUGAGCAGGAGCAGGAGUAGGCGUGGCCCAACGAUCACGGAGCGUCCUGGCGGCAUGGUAAUGGAGGGCAUUGGAUUCCAGUACACGAUGCGCUAUCAGCCGGGCUUCCAUCUGCACAAGCUGUUUGCCCUGCCGCAGGAGGAGGAGGAGCCACCGGCGGCAGAGAUGCCCAUGGCCACACCAGAGCCGCCACCAGCACCGCCGCCAGAGCCCACGCCAGAGGAGGAGGAUCCUGACGCGCCAGAGCCAACGAUACCCAUGCGCACGACAUCCGCACCUGUGGAGCCCCCGCCAGAGGAGGGAUCGCCCUCAGCAUCACCAUCGCCAGGAACGGAUGAAAUGAUGCCCACCAGUCCGACGCCUGCGCCGCCAGAGACGAAGCCCACAAAAAGACCCACGAUGAGGCCACCGCCAGGGCCAGGGCCAGGGCCUCCGAUGCUGCCUGCUCCAAGCAGCAGCAAGACCUCCAUUAUGCAGCCCCAACAGACGCUCAAGAAUCUGCUCUUUGGCUCGCCCAUCGAAGCGAAUCUCAUACUGAAGCAGCCGAGUGCACCCAAGUCGCGGGGCAAAGGCUUCCUCAGUCUGUUCGAGGUGAUCAAGUUUCCCAACACCAAGUGCAGCGUCUCCAUGGGCGACAUACGCACCAUGGAGGGUGUCUGCUACCACGAGUUCGAGUGCAAGAGCCUGGGUGGCAUUCCCACCGACAGCUGUGCCGAGGGCGUGGGCGUCUGCUGUGUCUUUGUCAACGGAUGUGGCGAUGUCACUGGCCAGCAGAUCGUUUACUUUGAGAGCCCCAACUAUCCGAAUGCAGUGCGGGAGAUGAUGAUCUGUGUGCUGAUCCUCAAUGUGCGCAAGGGAGUGCAGCAGCUACGAUUGGACUUUCAAAUGUUUGAGCUGAGUCGCCCCACCAAUGGCGAUUGCCUGGACGAUCAGUUUAUAGUUUCUGGCCACAAUACCAAUUUCCAGAUACCCACACUCUGUGGCAUCAACACGGGGCAGCACAUCUAUAUCCACGUUGGCGACUCCAACGAGGGCAAGGUGUAUCUUUCUGUGUUUGUCAAAGUCUCUGGUGGGGCACGCUCUUUCAAUAUCAAAGUCACCCAAGUGGAGGAGGAUCUGGCGCCCAAUAAUUGUCUGCAAUACUUCAGCGAAACGGAAGGCAUUGUCAAGUCCUUCAACUACGAUAUAGAUGGUUCCAUUGUGGACAACAGAGAGGCCACAUAUUUUAACAAUCUCAAUUAUGCCAUAUGCCUGUCGCGUAUGCGGAAUGUCUGCAGCGUGAGCUACAGCACCGAGCAAUUGGGCGGCGAUCAGCCAGAUUUUCAGAUUGUCAACAAAGAUGAAGCCGAAAACGAUCUCGUUUCUGAUGGGCAAGCGGGCGCUGGUAUUUUCAAUUGCCCUGACGAUUUUAUAGCCAUCAAUUCGGUGCCGUUGUGUGGCGAGCGAUUCAACGAUGGCCGCGAGACUGAAGACUUUACAAUGCAUUCAACGGUGAGGGAUACGGCCGCCGGUCCCAUCAUUCUGCCCUUUCGCACCGAUGCCGAAUAUGUGGGUCGCGGCUUUCGUUUGCUCUACAGACAGGAACUGUGUGUCUGAUCUGGGGGGAAACAUCUCUCCAACUCCAUCUCCAUGUCGAUUUCUGGUUCAUAUACAUAAACCAUAGCUGAUGGAUGGAUAGAUGGAUGGAUAGCCUGCCUUUCUGCCUUUGCCCGUUGUU